UGCUGCUUUGAAUUUAAAACAAGGUUUUAUAAUUUGGUUACGUGUUUAAUUUGAAUUCAAUAAAAUUGGCAAGGAUACAAAACAAAUUUGUAAAAAUGACCAGUACUGUAGUCUAAAAUUUGUACAACACUACAUAAAUUAAAAAGAUUUGACAGCAUUUCAAACGGACUGUGCCUUUUGUGAUAGAACAAUUGAUAAACAAAACUUAAAAGUGCGAUAUCACUUUUCUACUCUUCAUUUAGUUAAGCAUUUCUAUAUCCAUAAAUAAAAUAAAAUUAUAUGUAUUUAAGACUAUAAAAGUACUAUUGGAUGAUCAUAUUGAAAUCGUGAUUAUAAUAAAUUACCCUUGCCACCCUACUAUUUUACAAGCUAUUCGGUUAGCACGUAAUCCUUGUUUUGCAAUAUUUUUCGGGACCUAAGUUGUGCGAAUGUUUCGUUUAUGGCUUUUAUGACUCUAUUAGGCCCUUGCAUCUGGUAGCAGAUUAUUUAGCAGGCUUUAAAUAGCAGCUGGCGUUACUUUACCUGAAUUUUGGUUGGAUCUGUGGGUUUUACCGCGGAUUUUACCUGAACCCAGAACAGAAGAGUUAUGUAAAUCUACCUGCUUCGAUCUAUAUAAACCAAAUCAUGGACUGUUUGAGAUCAGUCUGCUUUAAGAGUCCGUUCUAAAUAGUCUACUUAAAAGUACUCAAGAUGACGAAUGCUGUAUCAGUAUCGGCCCCAGAAAAUUCAUCGGCUGGACAAAUAAAGAAUUGCAAGAAAGGAACGAUGACGCCCAUUGAGAUCUCUAUUGAGCGAUUGCCGAACCUCGCAUCGAACUGGUCAACUUUUCUAAGAGAUAUUACCAACGAUCGAAAGCUGCGAGCCGAACGUAUAAGUCGCCAGUCGGAAGAUGUCAUCCAGUUUAUAAAUAGAUUUCCCCUUCUGGAAUCCUAAAACUGUCUUCCAAAAAAAAACUGCCAGUCGUGAAAAUUAUAUUAUCACAAAAUUAUAUAUAAAUAGAUU